AUGUCUGACUCUGAGGAAUUGGUCGAGCUCCCCGAGGAGGAGGAGGAGGAUCUCUUUGGCGACGAGGCGGCCGACGAGCUUCCCGAGGAUCGCAGUCGCGCUGGCAGCGAACGCGCCGCAUCAGAUGGACUCGCGGCAGACGAGGACGAGGAGAGGUAUGAUGCAGGCCCGACAUCAACGGACUAUGAGACGAAAGUUAUCGAGGCUGUGGAGAUGCAGCGCCACCGCAUUCCCAAGGCGAAGGAGCAGAGACUUGGAUCUCUUCGCGUUCCCAAGUUUUUCAGAUUCAUUCCCACGAUCUACGACCCCGAAACCUUCGAGCCCACCGAGGAGGAUAUCGAGAACGCCAAGGCCGACACGCCGAAGCACGAUAUCCGCGUGCGCAGACAAGGCAACAAGCUGCAGAGCAACGCCAUGAUUCACAGAUGGAGCGACGGUUCAGUGACCAUUACCGUCGGCGACGAGCACUUGGAGGUCACCACGAAGGCCCUGGCACCGGGCCCCGAGCAGCCGUACUCGGACCUCCAGGACGGUCACUACUACGCGGCCGCAGCUGAAUACUCCAGCAACUUCCUCAUGUUCGUUGGCCACGUCACAGACCAGUUCAUAGUACGUCCUGGCAAGGAGGUCCAGGAUGACGCACUUGCUGCCCUCGCAGAGCGCAUGGCCACAGUCACGCAGAAGCCCCAGGAGAAGGACAUGAUUAUCAACACCAUCCAGGACCCCGAGCUCAGGAAACGACAGGCCGAGCAGGCGGAGAAGGAGCGCAUGAAGGCGCAACGUCGUCGCGAGACGGCGGCUGCCAAGUUGACGGACUCCAGCAGGGGUUACGGCCGCGGGGGCGGUCUUUCCAUUGGAGACCUGGAAGGACGCCGCGGUGCCGGCCGUAAGAGGCCUGGCGCACCGAAGCAGAAGAGGAGACGUCCCGAAUACGACUCCGAUGAUGAUCUUCCCUCGGGCGCGCGCAGGCAGGAUGACUAUGACAUGGAGGACGACUUCAUUGUUGGUAGCGACGACGAAAUCAGCGAGGGUCCGGAUGACGAUAACGAAGAAAUCCUGGACGACGACGAUGAGGACGAGAGGCCGCGAUCCAAGAAGCGACAGAAGAUGUCUGACGACGAAGAUGCCGAUGGCGACGAGGACGAUAUGAUGGAGCCGAGCGGCAGAGGCAGACGUCGCCAUGUCGUGGACGACGAUGAUUCGGAGUAA